AUGGACGAACUUGAAAGUCGUUUUGGGUCUCGCCUGCGUCUAUCUGAGAAGGAGCGAGUGGGUAUUCAGAUUGCCGAGGAGGAGUGUGGGGAUUUUUGGAAAGGAUCGCAGUUCACCAUGGUGACUAGGGUUUUGACUAACCAUGCUGUUCAUAGGGACGGUUUCAUCUCUGUGUUUUCCAGGCUAUGGAGAGGUGUGGAUGGAGUCUCCAUCAAAGAAAUUGGGGACAGACGGUUCUUAAUGAGGUUCGCUAAUAAGAAGGAUAAAUUGAGGGUUUUAGACAUGGAACCUUGGACCUUUCGUGAAAGUCUAGUGAUUUUGGCUGAAACAUGCACGGGCACGAAUGCCAGAGAGGUCGAACUUCGUCUUAGUACCAUGUGGGUUCAAUUUCAUGGCAUUCCCCCCUUUAACAUAACGACGAUGGUCGCUCGAAAGAUUGGAUCACUUGUUGGUCGGGUGCUGGAGGUUGAUCAGGCAGAGGGAGAGGACUGCAUCGAUCGUUUUUUACUAGUCCGUAUUCAACUUGAUGUUGAACAGCCUCUGAUGCGAGGUGCUUUUAUUCAAUUCCCCGACGAGGGCUCCAAGUGGGUGUCCUUUCGAUACGAACACAUCCCUGAGUAUUGUUUUGUUUGUGGGUGUCUUGGACAUCCAAGUCGCACCUGUGUUGAGAAACUUACAGUAGACCAUUUGUUAGUGGAAAGCAGUGAGGAAGUUUUGCGAACUUUUGCUGGGCUCGAGGCGGAGGAGGAUCUGAGAGGCCGUCGUCUACGCCUUGGGAGCCGCAGUGGAUUUCACGAGGGGUCCGGUAGUGGCAGGUCCAAUAUAAGAGGAAGAUGGCGUAAUGAUGGUCCUAGCCAGGCUGGGGUUGAGUUGGCAUCACAACGAGGAAGUGUAAUGCAAAGCAGUGGAACCAGACCUGUGCCGAGAGAUGUGGGUUUAGACGAUACUGCUUCUUCGCCUAGCAAAUCGCCAUCAUAUACUUCCUCUUUGGAAGAUAGAAUCCGUUCGUUGAGGGAUGAGGAGGAGCGUGAGAGACGUAUUAGAGAGGAGGUAUGGAAUGCUGGAAUGUUUCUGCUACUCAGGAGGAGUUGGCUGCUACUCAGUACGUGCAUGUGGAGGCGGAGGUGCUGGGGGAUCAUGGCGGGGUUAGACAGGCUACGGAGCCCGGAUAGUUGA